GGCGGCUGCGCCGCGGAGCUGCAGCGCCUGGGUGAGCGGCUCCAGGAGCUGGAGCGACAGCUGCGGGAGAGCCGGGUGCCGGCCGUGGAGGCGGCCACGGAGUACUGUCAGCAGCUGUGCCAGGGUAAUCAAGAGGAUUAACCAAGAUGGCGGAGUAGAAGGACGUGCUCUCACUCCCUCUUGCGAGAGCACCAGAAUCACAACUGGCUGCUGGACAAUCAUUGACAGGAAGACCCUGGACUUCACCAAGGAGGAUACCCCACGUCCAAGGACAGAGGAGAAGCCACAGUGAGACGAUAGGCAUGAAGCCUUCGUCUCAAAGCUGCAUGUGUAGUUACUGUUGAAGCAAUGCCUACCUAAUUUGACAGUCUUGGUGUGUUUAAAAAUUUUUGAGUUUGCAAAUAAUCGUAUUAAGUCUACUGAUGGAGCCUUCGGGCAGUGAACAGUUAUUUGAGGACCCUGAUCCUGGAGGCAAAUCCCAAGAUGCAGAGGCCAGAAAGCAGACAGAAUCAGAACAAAAGUUGUCUAAAAUGACCCACAAUGCUUUGGAGAACAUUAAUGUGAUUGGCCAAGGCUUGAAGCAUCUCUUCCAGCACCAGCGCAGGAGGUCAUCAGUGUCUCCACAUGAUGUGCAACAAAUUCAGGCAGAUCCAGAACCCGAAAUGGAUCUGGAAGGCCAGAACGCGUGUGCUGAGAUUGAUGGUGUCCCCACCCACCCCACAGCUCUGAAUCGUGUCCUGCAGCAGAUCCGAGUGCCACCCAAGAUGAAGAGAGGGACGAGCUUGCAUAGUAGGCGGGGCAAGCCAGAGGCCCCAAAGGGAAGUCCCCAAAUCAACAGGAAGUCUGGCCAGGAGAUGGCAACUGUUAUGCAGUCCGGCCGGCCCAGAUCUUCAUCCACUACUGAUGCUCCUACCAGCUCCACUGUGAUGGAAAUAGCUUGUGCUGCUGCUGCUGCUGCUGCUGCGUGUCUGCCAGGGGAUGAGGCAUCCGCAGAACGGGAGACAGAGGGAAGACAGAACACUGAUGAGGUAAUGAAGUCUGAGUGGAAAGCGGAGAUCGAGCGGUUGGAAGUAAGCAGCCUCGCCCAGACUUCCAGUGCGGUGGCCUCCAGCACUGAUGGCAGCCUCCACACAGACGCUGUGGAUGGAACACCAGACCCUCAGCGCACAAAGGCUGCUAUUGCUCACUUGCAGCAGAAGAUCCUGAAGCUCACAGAACAAAUCAAGAUUGCACAAACAGCCCGGGACGACAACGUUGCCGAGUACCUGAAGCUUGCCAACAGUGCGGACAAGCAGCAGGCCGCCCGUAUCAAGCAGGUCUUUGAGAAGAAGAACCAGAAAUCUGCCCAGACCAUCCUCCAACUACAAAAGAAGCUUGAGCACUACCAUAGGAAGCUCCGAGAGGUGGAGCAGAAUGGGAUCCCCCGGCAGCCAAAGGACGUCUUCAGGGACAUGCACCAGGGUCUGAAGGAUGUGGGAGCAAAGGUGACCGGCUUCAGUGAAGGUGUAGUGGACAGUGUUAAAGGUGGACUCUCCAGCUUCUCCCAGGCAACCCAUUCAGCAGCAGGGGCCGUGGUCUCUAAGCCCAGAGAGAUCGCUUCACUAAUUCGGAAUAAGUUUGGCAGUGCAGACAAUAUCCCUAACCUGAAGGACUCUUUAGAGGAAGGGCAAGUGGAUGAUGGGGGAAAGGCUUUGGGAGUAAUUUCAAACUUUCAGUCCAGCCCCAAAUAUGGUAGUGAGGAAGAUUGUUCUAGUGCCACGUCAGGCUCAGUGGGAGCCAACAGCACCGCUGGAGGCAUUGCUGUAGGAGCAUCCAGCUCCAAAACAAACACCCUGGACAUGCAGAGCUCAGGAUUUGAUGCACUACUACAUGAGAUCCAGGAGAUCCGGGAAACCCAGGCCAGACUAGAGGAAUCCUUUGAGACCCUCAAGGAACAUUAUCAGAGGGACUAUUCAUUAAUAAUGCAGGCCUUACAGGAGGAGCGAUAUAGAUGUGAACGAUUAGAAGAACAACUAAAUGACCUAACAGAGCUCCACCAGAAUGAAAUCUUGAACUUGAAGCAGGAAUUGGCCAGCAUGGAAGAGAAAAUUGCAUAUCAGUCCUAUGAACGGGCUCGGGACAUCCAGGAGGCCCUGGAGGCGUGCCAGACCCGCAUCUCCAAGAUGGAGUUGCAGCAGCAGCAGCAGCAGGUGGUACAGCUGGAAGGGCUGGAGAAUGCCACCGCCCGGAACCUUCUGGGCAAACUCAUCAACAUCCUCCUGGCGGUCAUGGCAGUCCUUCUGGUCUUUGUCUCCACGGUAGCCAACUGCGUGGUUCCCCUCAUGAAGACUCGCAACAGGACGUUCAGCACUUUAUUCCUUGUGGUUUUCAUUGCCUUUCUCUGGAAGCACUGGGAUGCCCUCUUCAGCUACGUGGAACGGUUCUUUUCCUCCUCCAGAUGAUGCUGGCACAAGAAGGCAGUGCUCCCCUACCCUCUGGCGAGUGCAUGCGGCGAAGAAUUAGACAGCAACUUACCUACUCUGAAGUUUUCUACAACAACAAAAGAGUUGAGUGAAUCUGUUUACAUUUAGAAUAAUGUUUUUUUCUUCAAAAGACGCAAUUGCAAUAGUAUUUUUUAGAUUUUAUCCAAGAAGUUUUUUGGGCAAAAAUCUUGGAUCAUUUUUAUGUAGCAUGAUUUUCCUUGGGAUGCAGAUCUUAAACAGUCCUUUAACAUGAACCAACAAUCUGGAGCACACUGAAGGGCAUUUUAAAUUGUGGCUUGAAGGACUGCACUAAAAUCCACUAAAAAGAUGCGAAAACCUGAUUAGGGAAACCAGUUAAACCUAACACCCUGCCUUGUCUGGGCUCACCACCUCUCCCCCUCCCAGACUAACUUUACUGUGAAGUCCUACCACAUUCCAUGUCUGAAUUUCUGGAUUCAGGGUGGAUUUUCCUUGUCCGUGGAAGAACACAUGGAUCUCCCUGGCUUUCUCACCCAAGUUGGCCACUCAUGGUAACCCUGGAAGUAUGAUCACUUUUGAACCUGGUCCCUUAACCUUUGCUAGGAUACACAAGUGAGAGCAUCAUGCCCCAAAGGAUCACUGCACAGUCCUACUACAGUAUUUUGAAGUAGCCCUCUAAAUACUUAACUUUAAGCGAAUCCCGUGGCCUCACUUUUAAGGUUUUUUUAAAUAUGUGUAUAGUCACCAAUUUAAAAAACAAAAAAUCUGAACAGCAUACUUGAAGAAUGUAAUACUCAAACUCUCAGUGCUUCCUUAUGGUUUCUAAUAGGAUUUUUUAUUAUUGUUAUUAUUAUUAUUGGGUUUUUUUGGAAAGGGUUGGGAGGGUCUUUUAUUUUUUCCUUUGAAAUAAAGAAGUGAUGUUUUUAAAUGAAGAAAUGUGUGGAUAUUUAAGUGUGCUGCUCCCUCUUGUCUUGAAACAAUUUGAGUAAAGGAACACUUGCUGUAAAUGCCACCCUGUGACACCCUUGUUUUGAGACCCAGCUUAAACUCCAUCCUCUGGCUGCUGCUACUGCUUUUUGGUGUCCUGCCACCCGACACCACCACUUUAUGGGCUUGGCUUGGUUGGAGAGGAAAGGGGUGCGCAGGGAGAGGGGGAGGCUGUUUCCACAAACCAGCAUGAUAGGGUAGAGAUUUUUUUUGCCCCAACAGUAUGUUUACCCAGUGACUUUGGGCUGGGAUUAUCUGUAGGAAAAAUUGAGACUGUACUAUGAGAGUCAUAAAUAAUUCCUUGUGUUUUCUUAGUUUAUUUUUUUACACCCCCUAAUAACUGAAACCAAAGUGAUGUGGAAUCUUCUGUCUGCAUUUUGGCCCCAGCAUCUUUAAUUUCAAAGCUUUAUUCUGUCUGCCCGAGAGAAUCAACUGAAGGUGAUUUCUCUCUAAAGAGCAGAAAAGGAAAUGUCAGGUUAGAAGGACUCAAGUUUGGGGUAUAAAAUGUUGUCAGCGUCCUCUUCAUCUAGACUGACUUAUUAACAUAACUAUGCUCAGUGGACCUUUAUAGACAGUUUAGAAAAAUGGACUGAGCCUUCUUCCCCAUCCUAUAACCAGUUCUACCAUCCUGGUGGAACUUUGGGCUUUUAGAGCCUAUCUAGAAAGCUUGGCCAACCUUUUCGUAUUCAUAGUAUUGAAUCACAAAUGCUGUUCCCUCUUGGCCUCUGUUCUGUGCAACCAGGUGGUGAGCAAGGGGCACAUACUUUGCCCUGAAAAGAGUAGCAAAGCAUGCUCUGCCUAUCUCCCCUAUACCAGGAAAUUCUUCUGGAAUAGGUUAACACUGCCUGUCUGUCUGAGAGGAUGGCUUACAUGACAGCUCCAGCCUCAUGUGGCUUGGCAGGCUGGCCUUCUCAGAAACAGCAUGUUGUUUCCAUAAUCAUUUUCAUAUUUUAACUCAGGUACCCCAAUCUUCACUCCAUCCCCCAAUGAUUGUAGUACACCUGUUAGCUCUGUUGACCUCUCAAAAUCAGUGCCCAGAGCAGGCACCACAGGGGUGAUUUUUCUUUUAAAAAAUAAUUGGAACCAAUUUAUGUUCAGGCCAAAAACAAAUUGUUCGCAAGCCUAUGUAUUUACAAUGUUAACUUUGCCUAAAGAUAUUGCAGUGACUUUAGGCAGAAGUGCCAAAGGACACCAUGACCUUGUCAAACUAGCACAGUUUUUCCUAAUUUUUUGCUUUCGUGAGGGAAAGACAGUCCCACAAAGUUAUUGGAAAGAUGCUCUAGCCACAAUCCUCCAGUUCUUCUAAGACAGAACUUCUGAGUCCCCUGAACUGUGUAGAGGCUACGAAGUAUUGUGGGCACUGGAAGUCACUGGCUAGAUGGAUUAAAAUUGUUCCCAUUUGCCUUGGGACAGUUUCUGUCAAAGGAAGGUUUUCACCUCUGGAAAGCCCCCUGAGCUCCCAGCCAAACAGGCCCGCGCUGACUGUCCAUCCUCCAUUCUCAAAAUGUCCCCGGAAGGACCUCCAGGCUAGGUCAGGCACGGUAAUGGCUUUCUAGAUCUCUUGUCCCUUGAUUAUUCACCAGGCCCAACAGUUGUCUGCAUUUUAAUGCUGUUUGUAACCAUGCAUCUAUUUUCUUGCCUUCCUUCCACUUUGUGCUGCCUAUACCUGUUGCCUUUGAGCUUCUUUGCAUUGUGGCUGUUCUUGGGUUCUCUUAUCUAUUCAAAGCUCUUCUAUAACCUCGCUCUAAUGGUUUUAACAGUUCUGUGGAUGGAAACUUAUCACUCUAAUGCUUCUUCUCUUUUAAAGACUACAUGCAUUCCAUUUGAAAUGAAGCAUUCCGGGAUUACUGGUUAGUGCUGGUGUAUGAGGCUGACUAUGGUAGCCUGGGUGACUCUGUUCAGGUUGUAGAGUGACUAACAUUUACCUUUUUUAUGAUAGUUGAACGGCACUUCUGUCUGCUCCAAUUUCAGUUCUUUGGAAAGAUAUUCAGUGCAUCCUAGCAAGGAAGGCUUUCUAUUCCACUGGCUCCUUAAGAAGCAAAAGUAGGUUAAAUUUUACACUUCCCUGACUGGGUGGGGUUUUCCCUCUCCCCUGUACCCCCUCCACCCAACUGAGGUAAAAAUCUGAUACGAAGAAAAAGUUAGAUCAAGCCUUCCUUGCUAGCCAUGUCGUAACAAUGAGCAUAAUUUUCAUGUGGUCUUCGCUGUAUUUGGUUUUGUUUCUGAUUUCAUAUUCCUUUGAGGUACAGUCAGAUGAAAUGCUGCAUUCCAAGUGAGUUCCAGUGAGGAGCUGCCUUUCAGCCUCGGAAAAUGUGCAUCCAAAACAAAACCAAAUAUUAUCAAAAAACUGACAGGUAAAAUUAUGGUUCCCACCCCCACGUGAAGCUGGGGAUUUUGAACGUGGCUCUAAGAGUUAACAUUUCUGUCUGUGUGUCGUGUAUGCUGGGUGAUGCCCUCAGUAGGAUUGACUACUAGACUGUAAGUGUGUUUUAUCAAAGUAUGUAAGAAUAAAAACUCACUUGCACGAAUUGAAAAGUACAGAAAUGACACUUGUGAACGUGUGAACAUUAACACUGUAGUUGAUAGAUCUUAAGCUGCUAAUUGUUGAGAGAGAAUUACAUUUUUGUUUUGUCUGGUUGCUGCAGAUUCUCAGCAGCACUUUUACUGUACAUACAAAUUGAAAUAAAGACCUCAGCUAUUAACGAGGUGGUUGGA